GUAGACUGAUCACACCCCCGAGAAGUGAUGUCUCAGUUCUCCAGCGAGGAUGAGGCAGAGCUCCAGAGCCUGCUGCGAGAGCUCCUGAAAAGUGUCAAAGAUAGAAUCUCAGGAGCACCAUCGGUAGAAUGUGCUGAGGAGAUUCUGCUUCAUUUGGAGGAAACUGACAAGAACUUUCACAACUAUGAGUUUGUGAAGUAUCUGCGGGAGUAUGUAGAGCGCUGUUUGGGAGCGGUUAUUGAAGAAGAGACUGAGAAUUUAACCAGGGGUGACGGUCAUGCUGUGGGGUCUGGGCAGGACACCCAUGCUGUUACGAAGAGGACUAGGGAGUCCACAGA